AUGGGCACUAGAUGCAUGGCAAUCUCAUGGCCUCUUCUUUUGGUCAUAGUGCAUGCAGUGCUAUUCAUUUCAAUUCUCCCCUCCCUCUCCCAUGCAAGAACACUACCCCCGGCUGAGGGAAGCGCGCCUCUUAACGAUACCAAGCUCUUCUUUAGAAAAACCGGCGGGAGCGGUGCGGGAGGCGGCGAUGGCUUCGGCAUUAGCAUAAGCCAUAACAAGUCAGGAAUCGAUAUUGGUAUUGGUGGGGGUGCGGGAGGUGGGGUUGGGACCAGUCGUGGCGGUGGAGCCAGCGCUGGGGGAGGGGUUGGUGUUGGCGUCGGCAUCCACGUAGGGAAGGGUGAAGUGGACGUUGGGAUAGGCGCGGGCGGUGGAGGCUCGGCGAGUGCGCAUAAUGGCGGUAUUAGUGUGGGUGGAGGUGGCGGAGGUGGAGUCGGUAUUACUAUUGGGCGUGGAGGAGUGAGUGUGAGCCAUGGGGGUGGUGCUGGAGGUGGUGGAGGGAGUGGUGGUGGUGGAUCGGGAGGUGGCAGUGGAGUUGGGAGUGCCGGAGGGGCGGUAGGGCGUGGGGAAGGCUAUGGAAGUGCGAGCGGAAGCAGUGGAAGUGGGGGCGGAAGUGGAUCCGGGUCAUCAGGAGGAUCCCAGGGCGGCGGCGGCGGCGGCGGCGGCGGCGGCCAGGGUUGA